UGUCCCAUCGCUUCGUCUUCAAGAAUACGUGAACCGCCAAUUCAAGCCAAAGCUCCACUCUCUCUCUCUGUUUUUCCUCUUUGAACACUGACUUGUUUGCUUUUACUCCAGCGAUUCCGUACACUCAAUCUCCAUCCAACACUUGACUCUUUAUCUUUUUCCCUUUGGUCUUUUUAUUUUUUUUUCAUUAUUUUAAUUAAAAAAAGCUUUUAAAAUGGCUUCUCUUGCCCCAAUUUCUCAAUCUCAGUCCCUUCUCAACAAUACCCACUUCCAAACACCCCCACCUCAGUCUCUUCCGGGACCCAAUUUGGGUUCUGAAUUCUUGACCAAGAGGGGCUCUGUUCGUUUCCGAACCCGUCGUCGUGGUUUUCCUGGAUUGCCCAUGAAGUCUGCUGCGCGUGUUGUUGUUGUUUCGGCUACCACUGCCGAGAAGCCGAAGAAACGUUAUCCGGGUGAGGCAAAAGGGUUCGUGGAGGAGAUGAGGUUCGUGGCUAUGAGAUUGCAUACAAAAGACCAGGCUAAAGAAGGGGAAAAAGAAGUCAAAGAGCCCGAGGAGAGACCAGUGGCUAAAUGGGAACCAACCGUUGAUGGGUAUCUGAGGUUCCUUGUGGAUAGCAAACUGGUGUAUGAUACGCUGGAGGGGAUCAUUGAAAAAGCGGCUUUUCCUUCUUAUGUUGAGUUCAGAAAUACAGGAUUGGAAAGGUCUGGGAAAUUGGCAAAAGAUUUGGAGUGGUUUAAGGAGCAAGGCCAUGUCAUACCAGAACCAUCUGGGCCUGGGAUUACCUAUGCGGAGUAUCUUAAGGAAAUAUCAGAGAAGGAUCCUCAAGCAUUUAUUUGCCAUUUCUACAACAUAUACUUUGCUCAUACGGCUGGUGGUAGAAUGAUAGGGAAAAAGGUGGCUGAAAAAAUUCUAAACAAGAAGGAGCUGGAAUUUUAUAAAUGGGAUGGAGAUCUUUCCCAACUGUUGCAGAAUGUAAGAGAUAAGCUGAAUAAAGUUGCUGAGAGCUGGACGAGGGAGGAGAAAAACCAUUGUUUGGAAGAGACAGAGAAAUCAUUCAAACAUUCAGGAGAUAUUCUCCGUUUGAUAUUGUCAUGAUGCAUGCAAUGUAAAUUUGCCACUGUAAUUGUUAAAUUGUGUUGUAAUGGUGCAAGCCUAAUGUUUUCAAAAACUUCUAAUUGUCUUUGGACUCGAAGAAGUCGAUUCUUGUGCAUAUUAUUAAUAUAGCAGAGCCUGCAAUAUAUGAAUAAUUGUUACC